AUGCGGUAUACAACCCUAACGCUAAGCCUAUUUCGUUACGAUUCAGGCCUCUUUCGCCGCCUCAUAUUGAAAGACAAGCAAAUAAGCUCUAUAGUUAUUGCUUUCAAAUCCGAAGAAGAAGCGAAGAAGAUUGGCAGUAGAAUAACAAUCCUUGGCGAAUCUCUCCGUGUGGAGAAAUACCGCCAAAUCCCACCUACUGCUCAAUGCAGUAAGUGCCAAGGAUUUAGACACAACUUUAGCAGAUACAAAAACACAGCUAGCUGCUAUAUCUAUAAAGUAAAGGGAAAGGCCUGCAACUAUACGCUCCCAAAAUGCAAAAACUGUAAACAAACCUACUUUGCUAAUAGCAAAGACUGCGAGGUUCUUCUAUCUAUUAAAUAA